AUGGCGGACAGGGCUCCGCGGGAACCCGGGGCGGGGUGGAGGGACGCGCAGAAAGCGCUCCUGGGAGAAGUCGGGCGUCGUCGCAGCAGGUGUCCCCAGGCGGCCCAGCGGCGUGGCCGCCCCCUUCUCGCCCGGCUCGGAGCGGAGGGCAUCGGCCCGGGUUCCGGGCCAGGGAAGGUCCGGACCGGCGCCUGGGAGGUCCGGAGCCCGCUGGCGCCGCGCCGACCGAGAGCGCCCCCGGCGGGGCCGAGGCCGCGCCUCCUCCCGGAACUGGCCGGCGCCGCGAGGCAGGAGGAGCGGCGGGCGCGAGGCAGCCGCGCGCCGGGGGCCAUGGAGGGCCGGACGGGGCGCGCGGGGCUGGAGUUCCGCGGCGGCGGCGGCGGGGCGAGGCCGAAGGACGCGGAGCAGGAAACGGCCCCCGGAGUGCCCCGAGCCCCACCCCUCCGGGGGGCGGCGGAGCGGCUGCGGGGCUCCCGGGACUCGUGGGAGGGCGAGGACGACCCGGAGCCCGGCGGCGGCCGCACGAGCCACACGGCGUCCCUAGUGAGCGGGCUGCUCACCGAGCUGUACAGCUGCACCGAGGAGGAGGAGGCGACCGGCGGGGGCCGCGGGCCCUGGGGCCGCCCGCGGCGCUGCGACAGCCUGGACAGCUCCACCGAGGCCUCCGGCUCGGACAUGGUCCUGGGCGGCCGCGGCGGCGCAGGCGACUCCCGCGUGCUGCAGGAGCUGCGGGAGCGGCCGAGCCAGCGGCACCAGGUGAAGUACCUGCGGCAGAAAGACACUAAUGAACUGAAGACAAUCCUUCGAGAGCUGAAGUACAGGAUUGGCGUUCAGUCAGCAAAGUUACUUCGGCAGCUGAAGCAGAAAGAUAGGCUUCUGCAUAAAGUACAGAGGAACUGUGAUAUCGUGACUGCCUGCCUGCAGGCUGUGUCACAGAAGAGAAGAGUUGAUACAAAAUUGAAGUUCACUCUCGAGCCAUCUUUAGGUCAAAAUGGUUUUCAGCAGUGGUAUGACGCUCUCAAGGCUGUUGCCAGACUAUCCACAGGAAUACCAAAGGAAUGGAGGAGAAAGGUUUGGUUGACCUUGGCAGAUCAUUAUUUGCACAGUAUAGCCAUUGACUGGGACAAAACUAUGCGCUUCACUUUCAAUGAAAGGAGUAAUCCUGAUGAUGACUCGAUGGGAAUUCAGAUAGUCAAGGACCUUCACCGCACAGGCUGUAGUUCCUACUGUGGCCAGGAGGCUGAGCAGGACAGGGUUGUGUUGAAGCGGGUACUGCUGGCCUAUGCCCGAUGGAACAAAAAUGUUGGGUACUGUCAGGGCUUUAACAUCUUGGCGGCACUAAUUCUGGAAGUGAUGGAAGGCAAUGAAGGGGAUGCCCUCAAAAUUAUGAUUUACCUUAUUGAUAAAGUACUUCCUGAAAGCUAUUUUGUCAAUAAUCUCCGGGCAUUGUCUGUGGAUAUGGCUGUCUUCAGAGACCUCUUAAGGAUGAAGCUCCCUGAAUUAUCUCAGCACCUGGAUACUCUUCAGAGAACUGCAAACAAAGAGAGUGGAGGUGGAUAUGAGCCCCCACUUACGAAUGUCUUCACGAUGCAAUGGUUUCUGACUCUCUUUGCCACGUGCCUCCCUAAUCAUACAGUUUUAAAGAUCUGGGAUUCAGUCUUCUUCGAAGGUUCAGAAAUCAUCCUAAGGGUGUCGCUGGCUAUCUGGGCAAAGUUGGGAGAGCAGAUAGAAUGUUGUGAAACAGCAGAUGAAUUCUAUAGCACCAUGGGGCGCCUUACCCAGGAAAUGCUAGAGAAUGAUCUUCUGCAGAGCCAUGAGCUCAUGCAGACUGUUUAUUCUAUGGCUCCAUUCCCUUUCCCACAAUUGGCAGAGUUGAGGGAAAAAUAUACCUACAACAUUACACCAUUCCCAGCCACGGUUAAACCCACCUCAGUUUCUGGACGACACGGUAAGAUCAGAGACAGUGAUGAAGAGAAUGACCCAGAUGAUGAAGAUGCUAUUGUUAAUGCAGUGGGGUGUCUUGGACCUUUCAGUGGGCUCCUGGCGCCUGAACUGCAGAAGUACCAAAAGCAAAUUAAAGAGCCAAAUGAGGAGCAGAGUCUGCGAUCUAAUAACAUUGCAGAGCUGAGCCCAGGAGCAAUCAAUUCCUGUCGAAGCGAGUACCACGCAGCUUUUAACAGCAUGAUGAUGGAACGCAUGACCACAGAUAUCAAUGCACUGAAGCGGCAGUACUCUCGAAUUAAAAAGAAGCAACAGCAGCAGGUUCAUCAGGUGUACAUCAGGGCAGACAAAGGGCCAGUGACCAGCAUUCUCCCGUCUCAGGUAAACAACUCUCCAGUUAUAAACCACCUUCUUUUAGGAAAGAAGAUGAAAAUGACAAACAGAGCUGCCAAGAAUGCUGUCAUCCACAUCCCUGGUCACACAGGAGGCAAAAUAUCUCCUGUCCCCUACGAAGACCUUAAGACGAAGCUCAACUCUCCUUGGCGAACUCAUAUUCGAGUCCACAAAAAGAACAUGCCGAGGACCAAGAGUCAUCUGGGCUGUGGGGACACAGUAGGGCUGAUAGAAGAGCAGAAUGAGGCCUGCAAGACCCACAGCCUGGGGGCAGCGGAGGCGCUCUCCUCUGGUUGUGCGGCGACAGCGCGCGGAGAAGGCAGCAGUGCCGAGGGCAGCAGUGGCAGGACAAUCGAGGGGCAGUCUCCAGAGCCGGUGUUCGCAGAUGCCGUUGUGGACGUGUCUGUGGUCCAGGUGAAGCUGGAGGGCUUGGGACUGAACCAGAGCGGUCCUGCUACUGAAACGGAGCCCAGGGCACACCCACCCCGCCAGCAGCACUUCCCAGAGCCACCUGAUGCACCCAGAGAAAACAAAGCCACCAGCAAAGCUCCCCAAGGCAGCAACUCCAAAACCAUCUUUAGCCCCUUUCCCAGCGUGAAGCCACUGCGGAAGUCAGCCACCGCCAGGAAUUUGGGAUUAUACGGACCUACAGAAAGAACCCCAACCAUGCACUUUCCCCAGAUGAGCCGGAGCUUCAGCAAAUCCGGCGGUGGAAACAGUGGCACUAAGAAACGAUGACGUCCCCCAGAAACUUUGUAUCUAGACUCACCUUUUGCUGGUGGCAUAGGGCUGCUGCUGAAUGGCUCCAAAAGAGUUUUCUUUGUCCGAUAGAUAGGUUCAGAGAUGAGCAACAGUGUAUAAAGUGGGAGUUGGAAGUUUUAAAAUGGGAGUUAGAAUUAGGGAGAUUUUCCCAUCCACUUGAUAACUGAUGAAGUGGAUUCUUGUGGCAAAAUAAAUAUUGUGGUUUUAAAGUGUAAAGUUUUCCCAAGUUUUCAUUGUGAGCUACUUAGAAAAGAAUGUAAACCUAGACUGUUAACCUGCCUUCUUCCAUCCUCCUGUUCUGAGGGCCUUAGGGUCCCUGUGACAACACCCCCAAACCUUCCGGUUCUCUGAGUGUUGUUAUACUAAUACUCAAGCAUGCACAUACCAGCCUGCUAGAACAGAAACUGUAAAAAGAAAGUUUCUUUGUUGCAAAAAACUUCCUGAUGUUCCUCUUCAUGCUCUGUUGGAGGGAUUGUUUGUAUGUGUGAGUUUUUCCUCAGUGCCAGUCUCAAAAUUGGUUUUUUUUUUUCUUAUGCUAAAGUGUAGGAGAAAAAUCUAGAUAGCCUUUCUUUACCUUUCUACCUGCAAAAUGGAGAAAACCUUUAAUCUGUUGAACUUUAGGCUGAUAACCAGCUUGAAGAUCUUAUGCAGAGAAUACACAUAGGAUAUGCUUUAAGCAGUUGCUCUGAACAGCUUGCUCAUGCCACUCAGCUUUUCCCGAGGUUCGUUUUCUCCUCUCGAGGAGCGCUGUGGUCCUCAGUGGUGCGGAUAACUUGGUGGGCUCCCCGUGGCGCUUGACCUGCAUCCUCCGCCGCGCCACGCAGCCCACUCACCCACCAGCUCUCCACUGUAGACGCACAAGGCCUCUGCUCAGAAGCCAGAACACAGCACCUGUGACUCUGUUACUUGAAUUUUGUGCUUUUUUGAUUGGAGUCCUUCGCUGAGUACUUUGUUACUUGAACACUGCCUUUCUCCAGAGACGGCCCCAGUGCUUUCUAGCUUUCUCUCACCCACUCCUGCCCGGGCCCAGCGGGUCAGAGAGAGCACCUCUUGUCUCCACUAUGCAGAUGGGAACUCUGAGCCACGCAGAGGUGAAGUAGCACUUCAGUUACUCAAGGUAAAUCCUCCUGGUAUUCCAUGUGGCUUAGCCACGUUUCCUCCAGUGCAAUAGGUGGGCGUAAUGCUCUUUGUACACAGGUGCAUUGGCUACAUAGAUGUCAAAAACCAAGACCGGGAAGCCAUUCACUCUACUCCCUCCUGACUCAAAGGACCUUUCUCCAGACAAUACGGAGUCCUGUGAUGGCAUUUCACAGAACCAGCUCUGACUUCCUUAUCCUGAAAAGGGAUUUUAAAAUGCUUCAUGCACCUGGAUUUGGCUAAACAAAAGACUCCCUCCUCAGUCCCCUUCUCCCCACCAUCAUUAGCAGAAUAGACGUAGCAUCUUUAUCUUCAUCUCUGGAAGACUUUUGGUGAUGCUUGCAGGAGUAUUGUUGAUGAAGUCAGUAUUAAUUUGAGCUAAUUGGGUUGCUAAUUCUGAAACCAAAGCUAUAAAAUUUGGGAGAGGGCUUUUACUAUGAGAGGUACUAAUUUUUAUAAUAAAGUGGAGAAUGUGGUUGUGUGGGCUUUUUUGAACAAAACAUAAGAAUGUCAUAUUCAGUGAGAAAAGCUAUUUUAUCCCCUUUGUGGUAUUUUUACCCCCAAAGGAACUGAAGAUGGAAAAUAUGACUAAUAAGUUGCUGCAGUUUUGGUCUUGAAUUCUGUACCAUCUGAAGUUAGCAUGCAGCUUCUUAAACAGCAGCCAUGCCCGCAGCCUAUUUCUCGGGAAGGGUGUGGGUGCAGAGUUGGGCUUACUUUGCAUACCACCCCCAGGAAACCCACUGCAUUUUCCAAAGUGAAGCAAAUGACACGAGUCUCUUCCUUCUGCUGAACUUUACAGAUAAGAAUGAUUCCACCUCAUAGUCUUUUCUUCUCCCCCUUCCCAAAAGAGUCAGAAUGGCUUUGUCUGACUUGACAUCCCUCAAGGAGAACAUGACAAUUGUUCUUUCCUCUCUUGAAUCAGCUCAGUAGCACCCUGAUUGGUGAGGUUCAAGGAGACGGGUAAUGAGUUGGAAGCCAGUUUCCACCGAGUCCUUGGAGUUGCACUGUUGCCCUCUACCAGCUGUCUUAGUGUUAACAGCACAUGUUGUGCCCUGUGAACUCUCUCUUCUCACCCAUUUCCCAGGGUUGGUCUUCCUGAGAAGGGGAUGGAUAAAAUGGCUCACGGUUUGGGAUAAGUAUUUGUUGAAAGAAUUAAUGAAUAACUAACUGAAAGGAUGAUAGUCCUUUGAGAUAAAAAUUACUUUGUCAGAAUUUUAAAAAUCCAACAGAUUCCUGUUAAAGCACUCUUGUACCACUAACAUGCAUGCAUUGUACCAAGUCAUCACAGUGUGAGUUGGUCAAUUUAUGAGCCUUGCCUACGUUAGAAAAUAAAGAAUUCUGCAGUAGCCUCUACCACACAGCAUGUACAAAGACCAGUACAGACUUGCUAUCUUCCCUAUGUAUUGGACACUGUAUGCAAACACCAGAAGUACUUAACAGGUAGCAGUUUCCUGAUUUUUAGAUAUGUAUCUGUAGCCUCCUAGCACUUCUGCUGGGAGCUGACUCAUUCUGAUGCCUCUGCACCUCUGUCCUUUUACAAAAGCCUCCAGAUGAUCUAAACCUAGUUUGUAAUGUUACCCUAUCGGCUGUAACUGUUUGGAAUAUUGUAUUCCUUUUUUUGUCUCGUUCUGAAGAAUUGUAUUGAUUACAAAGAUAUAUGCAUAAAGAUUCUUUUUGUUGUA